AACCUUUAUGUACAAUAAUGACAAGAGAUAAAAGUAUGGUAUCAAUCAUAUCAUGUAAUUAAAUUUUGUUGAAGAAAAUCGUCGACAUUUACUGGCCACUUUUUCGGAACGCCAUAGCUUGAUGAAAAGCAGUGAAAUUAUAUUUUGUAUAUCUUUAAAUAUAAUUGUAAAGUAUACAUUUAAUACCUAAAAUCUAAAACAAACAUGCCCUCAUAUAUCUGUUUUAUCUAAGGAUGUUAUGGAAUAGACAACAAAAGUAAAAUAUCAUUUCAGUUCGAAAAAAUAACUCUUAUUUUGUAUAAUUUAAUACAUAUUGGUAUACGUAAUGUUGAUGACAGAAGAUAAAUAAUAAAAAUAAAAUAAUAUUUGACUAUUUAUCGUAAUAUGAUUCCUUGUAAUAAAGGAAGUGUCGGCCUCGUAUGUACACUUUGUGUGCAAAGUGUCUGCAAUGGUGCAUCGGUUUGAUAAUGGUAAAAAUAAUGUUUACCUGAAUGAUAUAAUUGUGCACACAUGUAUAACUAUAAUACAGUGAAUAGAAUGGGAAAGCAAAACGGAUCUUGUUGGUGGUUUGUAAAAGCCGCAAAAUGGAUACCAGUUAUUUUUAUUUUGACGAUUGUCUUAUGGUCGUAUUAUGCUUAUGUGGUGCAGUUAUGUUUUUAUACUGUAGAUAAUUAUGUUCAAAAAGCUUUUUAUUUGUUUUUUUACCACAUCCUGUUUCUAUUAUUUUUAUGGUCUUAUUGGCAAACUGUAUUUACGGACCUAAUAGAAAUACCAUACAAGUUUAAAAUACCAGAUGCGGAAAUGGAAAAAUUUCAUCAAGCUGGAACGGAAGAAGCACAGAGGCAAAUCUUAGAGAGAUUUGCACAAGGUCUUCCAGUUACAAAUCGCACUAUAAAAGGAGUCAUACGUUUCUGUGAGAAAUGUCAAUUAAUCAAGCCAGAUCGAGCACACCAUUGUAGUGUAUGUAGUACAUGUGUUUUAAAAAUGGAUCAUCACUGUCCAUGGGUGAACAAUUGUGUAGGUUUCCACAAUUAUAAAUUUUUCAUGUUGUUCCUGGCAUAUGCCCUUCUUUAUUGCAUAUUCAUUACUGCUACAUCUUUACAAUAUCUUAUACGUUUUUGGAAAGGGGAAUUGGAUGGAAUGGGUAGAUUCCAUCUAUUGUUCUUAUUCUUUGUCGCAUUGAUGUUUGCAGUUAGUUUAACUUCCCUUUUCUUUUAUCAUUGCUACCUUGUUUUACAUAAUAGAUCUACAUUAGAGGCAUUUACACCACCUAUGUUCCGCACAGGGAAGGAUAAGGAUGGUUUUAGUCUUGGAAAAUACAAUAACUUCCAAGAAGUUUUUGGUGAUAAUCGUAAACUAUGGUUCCUUCCUAUUUUUACUAGUCUUGGAAAUGGUGUCGCCUAUCCAGUACGUGCGCAACAUCAAGGCACAUCCAAUACUUAUGACUCCAUGGGCAGUACCCGAAACAGUUUUGGCGAUGGGGUAAACUUUCCUGAACGGCUGUGCAAUGAAGACACACAUACUCUGUUGGGACAUACUACCCAACAGUGGGGUGAUGAGACUGAACUUGAUUCUCCACCUCCUUAUGGGUCACAAUCAGGCCUACCAUUGAUCAAAUGACAUUGCUAGAAGAAGCUACACUUUUGGCACUUGGCACUGGCUCUGCUAUGAUAACUCGUGCAACAGAUGCCAAUCAACCAUUGGUGGACGCAACUGAAGUUGUUUGAAGCAGCAUUUAAAAUUUAUUAUUCAUCUUUUUAUUAUUAACAAAUAUUUCUUGUUAACACAACCUAAUUUUAAAGUCUUUAUAUAAAUCCUUUGCACUUGCUAUCUUUUUUAAUUAGUCCUUCUGUUAAAUGUGAUUCUAUUGAUCUUAGUAAAGCCUCCUUAGUCUUAAGUUUGAAGUUAAAUAUUUUUCAGUAAAUUUUUUUUCUGUAGCUAUUUUUAUGGACUAUUUUUUAUUUUGCUAAUUUGAUAAUUUUCUUGCAGUAUUUUGAUAUACAAAUGCAAAGGAUUAAUAACUAGAUUAUAUUUAUUACUAUAGAUUAGAACAUUUAUAGUUCUGUAUACAUUAACACAUAUUAUAAAAAUUAUUGACAGAAAUUAGAACAUAAAAUCUGCAGAAAAUUUUUAAGAUUUUAGGUAUGUAUAAGUAACAUUCUCAUUACUUACAGAUAUUAUUGCAUAUAGCAAUAUAUGUAAUUCUGAUCAUAAUUUACAAUGUUUUAUAGAUAUUAAAUUGCUGUUAAUAAUUGAUGCCAUUGAAAUGUGAAGAAUAUAAAAAUGAUUUGGUGAUAUAUAUAAAUAGUUAUGACUAAACAAAAGAAAUGUUGCCAUUGAAUUUAAUGAUUUUAUAAAGAAAUUAUGAAUUAAAGUUACUAUAA